AUGGCCCAGGUCGAAGACUAUUCGUCGCUGCACAGAUUGCGGAAGAACUCCGAGAUUCUUUCCAAUGCAAACAAGAUCCUGGUCGCCAACAGAGGCGAGAUUCCCAUCAGAAUCUUCAGAUCGGCCCACGAGCUCUCGAUGCAGACAGUCGCAAUCUACUCCCACGAGGACAGACUGUCGAUGCACAGAUUGAAGGCCGACGAGGCCUACGUCAUUGGAGCCAGGGGCCAGUACUCUCCGGUCCAGGCGUACUUGCAGAUCGACGAGAUUAUCAACAUCGCCCUUGAACAUGACGUCUCGAUGAUUCAUCCCGGUUACGGCUUUUUGUCUGAGAACUCGGAAUUUGCCAGAAAAGUCGAGGACAGUGGCAUGAUUUGGAUUGGCCCGCCCCACAACGUGAUCGACGCCGUCGGAGACAAGGUCAGUGCCAGGCACCUGGCCGGCAAGUGUAACGUUCCAGUGGUCCCUGGAACAGACGGCCCUAUUGACAGCGUCGAGCAGGCCCAGGAGUUUGUGGACAAGUAUGGCUACCCGGUGAUCAUCAAGGCUGCAUUUGGUGGAGGUGGACGUGGUAUGAGAGUGGUUCGUGAGGGCGAGAACAUUGCAGACGCUUUCCACAGAGCCACUUCCGAGGCCAAAACCUCUUUCGGCAACGGCACCUGUUUCAUCGAGCGGUUUUUGGACAAGCCAAAGCACAUUGAGGUGCAACUGCUGGCUGACAACUACGGCAACGUCAUCCACCUCUUUGAAAGAGACUGUUCUGUUCAGAGAAGACACCAGAAGGUGGUUGAGAUUGCUCCUGCCAAGACUCUUCCUGUUGAGGUCAGAGACGCCAUUCUGACCGACGCUGUGAAGCUGGCCAAGACCGCCAACUACAGAAACGCCGGUACCGCAGAGUUCCUUGUUGACAACCAGAACAGACACUACUUCAUCGAGAUCAACCCUAGAAUCCAGGUUGAGCACACCAUUACCGAGGAGGUCACCGGAGUCGACAUUGUGGCUGCUCAGAUCCAGAUCGCUGCCGGGGCUUCGUUGCAGCAACUGGGCCUGCUGCAGGACAAAAUCACCACCAGGGGCUUUGCCAUUCAGUGCAGAAUCACCACCGAGGACCCGGCCAAGAACUUCCAGCCAGACACUGGAAAAAUCGAGGUGUACAGAUCGUCGGGUGGUAACGGCGUGAGAUUGGACGGUGGUAACGGAUUCGCAGGCGCCAUCAUUUCUCCGCACUACGACUCCAUGCUGGUCAAGUGCUCUACGUCUGGCUCGAACUACGAGAUUGCCAGAAGAAAGAUGAUCAGAGCCUUGGUUGAGUUCAGAAUCAGAGGUGUCAAGACCAACAUUCCUUUCCUGCUGGCUCUCUUGACCCAUCCAACGUUUGUUUCUGGUGACUGUUGGACCACGUUCAUCGACGACACUCCUUCGUUGUUCGAGAUGGUGCAGUCCAAGAACAGAGCUCAGAAGCUGCUCUCGUACCUUGCCGACCUCUGUGUCAACGGAUCGUCGAUCAAGGGCCAGAUCGGCCUGCCAAAGCUGACGAGAGACGCAGACAUCCCUGUGAUCCACGACAUCAACGGCUGGGAGAUCGACACCAAGAGAACUGCUCCUCCAGACUCUUUCAGACAAUACCUACUGGACUACGGUCCUGAGCAAUUUGCCAACCAAAUUAGAGCCUUCGAUGGUUGCUUGAUCAUGGACACUACUUGGAGAGACGCUCACCAAUCGCUUUUGGCAACCAGAGUUAGAACCAUAGACUUGUUGAACAUUGCUCCGGCCACGGCGCAUGCCUUCAGAUACGCCUUUGCCCUGGAAUGUUGGGGAGGUGCCACUUUCGACGUUGCUAUGCGUUUCUUACACGAGGACCCAUGGGACAGAUUGAGAAAGCUGAGAAAGGCCGUGCCAAACAUCCCCUUCCAGAUGCUUCUGAGAGGAGCCAACGGUGUGGCAUACUCGUCGCUGCCUGACAACGCCAUUGACCACUUUGUGAAGCAGGCCAAGGAGGCCGGAGUGGACAUUUUCAGAGUGUUUGACGCUCUGAACGACCUGGAGCAGCUGAAGGUCGGUGUCGACGCCGUCAAGAAGGCCGGCGGUGUGGUCGAGGCCACCGUCUGCUACUCCGGAGACAUGCUCAAGCCAGGCAAGAAGUACAACCUCAAGUACUACCUGGAGACCGUCGACAAGAUCAUGGAGAUGGGCACCCAUCUGCUUGGAAUCAAGGACAUGGCCGGUACUUUGAAGCCUGCCGCGGCCAAGCUGCUGAUCAGCAGCAUCAGAAAGAAGUAUCCUUCUGUUCCUAUCCACGUCCACACCCACGACUCGGCCGGUACCGGUGUGAUCACCUACGUUGCUUGUGCUCUUGCUGGUGCCGACGUGGUCGACUGUGCUGUCAACUCGAUGUCGGGCCUGACUUCCCAGCCUUCCAUGAGCGCCUUCAUUGCCGCUUUGGACAACGAGAUCAACACGGGUGUGACCGAGCAGAACGCCAGGGAGAUCGACGCGUACUGGUCCGAGAUGAGACUGCUGUACUCGUGCUUCGAGGCCGACCUGAAGGGUCCAGACCCAGAGGUGUACAACCACGAGAUUCCUGGAGGCCAGUUGACAAACCUGUUGUUCCAGGCCCAGCAAGUCGGUCUGGGCGAGCAGUGGCUCGAAACCAAAAGAGCGUACGAGGAGGCCAACAUGCUUUUGGGCGAUAUCGUCAAGGUCACUCCGACUUCGAAGGUUGUUGGUGAUCUGGCCCAAUUCAUGGUUUCCAACAAGCUUUCUCCUAAGGACGUGGAGAGACUCGCUUCUGAGCUGGACUUCCCAGACUCUGUGCUGGACUUCUUUGAGGGUCUGAUGGGCACGCCAUACGGCGGUUUCCCAGAGCCUUUGAGAACGAACAUUCUUGCCGGAAAGAGACGCAAGCUGACCCGCAGGCCUGGCCUGGAGCUCGAGCCGUUCGACCUCAAGAAAAUCAGGGAGGAGCUGCAGUCGCGGUUCGGCAACUCCAUCACCGAGUGCGACGUCGCCUCGUACAACAUGUAUCCAAAGGUGUUCGAGUCUUUCAAGAAGACCCAGGAGAAGUACGGCGACCUUUCUGUGCUGCCUACGCGGUUCUUCCUUGCUCCUCCUAAGCUGAACGAAGAGAUCUCUGUGGAGAUCGAGCAGGGUAAGACCUUUGUGAUCAAGGUGAUGGCCAUCGGCGACCUAUCGCCGCAAACGGGCACCAGAGAGGUGUACUUUGAGUUCAACGGUGAGAUGAGAAAGGUCACUGUCGAGGACAAGCUUGCCGCCGUGGAGACGAUCACGCGUCCUAAGGCCGACGCGCACAACCCGAACGAGGUGGGGGCUCCUAUGGCCGGUGUGGUCAUCGAGGUGCGUGUCCAUCCGGGCGUCGAGGUCAAGAAGGGCGACCCUGUGUGUGUUCUGAGUGCGAUGAAGAUGGAGAUGGUGAUCAGCUCGCCUGUUUCCGGAAAGGUUGGCGAGGUGACUGUGCACGAGAACGACAGCGUCGACGCGGGCGACCUGAUCUGCAAGAUCACGAAAUAA